AUGGAAUUGGAGGAACCGAAUGAUGAGAAAAAUGUUCCCAAUGAUAAUGAUGUGGAAGUGAUCCGACGUGUUUUGGAUGAAAUAAUUGAAAGCCGUCUGAAAGUAGUUUGUCAACGUAAAAGUGCUUGCUUUUCUAACUCUGAAUGCUGGAAGGAAACAGGGAUUAGAUUGCUAAGCAACAGCACAUCCCGUAUUUUUGAUAGCGAAAUCAAUGAACGGAAAGAAGGUCCACCAAAGAAGCGAAGGAAAAAUUCAUCUGAUGCGAACUCUGACUGGAAUGAUGAACGUGCAAAAAUACGGGCUGCCGCUGUUGAUGUUGAUUUUAUUCAAAAAUUCAGAUAA